AGGCGGGAACUUGAUAAAGUGAGCCGGUGUGUGACAGCCUCACACAUAAACACAAACGUUAUCGCACAUUAUCUGUCUCUCAACACGGUUACUGAUUUUUAAUCCUUGAAUCUAUGCAAUUUGUUGAAGUGACAACCUAAACAUCUGCCUGUCCUGAUAUUAUAGGUGACCACUUGUGAAGCACCAACCAUGUCCACAUCUGUAGUGACGGACAAUCCAGAAGACAUGAACCUCCAGUCCUGUGGAAAAGGAGACAGUCUUGCCUCUCUGGAAGAUGUCAAUACAGAAUCGAUAGCAAAUGAGUCAUCGGAGGAGGAGUCAGCAUGCGCUGGAGAAGAGCAGAUAAAUGCCAAAGCCCAACAGGCCGUGCACACAGAGUCAGCUGCCACCCCUCGUCCCGACUCUCUCUUACUUCCACCCCAGAGGACAGAACUGUCAACCACGCGCUGGGAUGGAGAGGUGAAACUCAGGAUGGGUGAAUCCGGCACCGCUGCUGAGACCCCCGUAACUGUAAACCAGAUGUUUACCACUGUGGUUAAACGCUAUGGUAACUACACAGCGCUGGGCUGGAAGGAAGGGGAACAGUGGAAAUCUAUGACCUACAGCGAAUACUACAAAUCCUGUCGCACUGCUGCCAAGAGUUUCCUGAAGCUCGGUCUUGAAAGAUAUCAUGGAGUCGGUAUACUUGGUUUCAACUCCACCGAGUGGUUUAUUGCUGACAUCGGAGCUAUUUUAGCUGGGGGUUUAGCUGUGGGAAUCUACACCACCAACUCACCGGAGGCGUGCCAGUAUGUAGCCGAAAACUGCCAGGCUAACAUCCUGGUGGUGGAAAACAACAAACAGCUACAGAAAAUUUUACAGAUCCAGGAUAAACUGCCGCACCUCAAAGCCAUUAUCCAGUACAAAGAUCAGCUGAAAGAGAAGAAGCCCAAUCUCUACACGUGGGCGGAGUUCAUGGAGCUGGGCCGCGAUGAGCCCGAUGCUCCUCUUGAUGACAUCAUCAGCUCUCAGAAACCCAAUCAGUGCUGCACGCUGAUCUACACGUCCGGUACCACGGGCCAGCCGAAGGGAGUCAUGCUCAGUCACGACAACCUGACAUGGACAGCACUUUCAACCGGCAUAGAUGUGGGUCUGACAACUGCAGAUAAGUCACAGGAAAUGGUGGUGAGCUACUUGCCGCUUAGCCAUAUUGCUGCACAGAUGCUUGAUAUCUGGAUCCCCAUGAAUGUAGGAGGAGCCACGUAUUUCGCACAGCCUGAUGCACUAAAGGGGUCCUUGGCUAACACCUUACGUGAGAUACGGCCCACUGCUUUCAUGGGUGUCCCUCGCGUGUGGGAGAAGAUGCAGGAAAAGAUGAAGUCUAUCGGAGCCAAAUCGUCCACCGUGCGCCGGAAAGUGGCAUCCUGGGCCAAAGAUGUGGGUCUGCAGACCAACCUUAACAAAAUGGAGUUUAAUGGCAACAUGACCAGAAAUCCAUUGAACUAUCGGCUGGCAAAGCGUCUGGUGUUCAAGAAGGUCCGGAAAGCGCUGGGGCUGGAUCGCUGUAAGAUGUGCUACACUGGAGCAGCUCCUAUUACCAAAGACACGCUGGAGUUUUUCCUCAGUCUGGACAUCCCACUGUUUGAGCUCUAUGGCAUGAGUGAGAGUUCAGGACCUCACACCAUCUCACUUCCCGAUGCCUUCAGACUAACCAGCUGUGGGAAGGUGAUUCCAGGUGUCAAGACAAAGAUUUUCAGCCCUGAUGCUGAAGGCAUUGGGGAGAUCUGUUUCUGGGGUCGUCAUGUGUUCAUGGGCUAUCUGAACAUGCCUGACAAAACCGAAGAGGCUAUAGAUGCUGAGGGCUGGCUGCACUCGGGUGACCUCGGCAAACAUGACCAGAAUGACUUUCUGUUCAUCACUGGACGGAUUAAAGAGCUGAUCAUCACAGCCGGCGGGGAAAACAUUCCUCCUGUGCCAAUAGAAGAUGCCAUUAAAGAAGCUGUACCUCUGAUAAGCAAUGCCAUGCUCAUUGGAGACAAGAGAAAGUUUCUCUCUAUGCUGCUCACCAUUAAGUGUCAGGUAAACGGUGAGACGGGUAUUCCUGAAGAUGAACUUACACCUGAAGCAGUGGAGUUGUGUCGCAAACUCGGCAGUAACUCGACACGGGUCAGUGAGAUUGCCGGUGGGCGUGACCGCCUCGUAUCCGCGGCCAUACAAGAGGGCAUCAACCGUGUCAAUGAGAAAGCCACAUCUAAUGCCCAGCGCAUCCAGAAAUGGACAGUGCUGGAACGGGAUUUCUCCAUCCCUGGAGGAGAACUGGGUCCCACAAUGAAGCUCAAAAGGCCAGUGGUCAUGAAGAUGUUCAAAGACCAGAUUGAGAACUUUUACAAAGAAGUUGUGACCCCCUCCACCCCAAAUGACCCCCUGCCUCCUAAAUAGGUGCUCAACAAAAGAGAUCUGAGACAUGGUCUCACACACAUAUACAGAGGAACACCACUUCAGACCCUACAUUUACUUCUGCUUAUGUCUGAGUUCAUAUUUGUUCAGGGUUUUGUUUUUUCAUAUUGUUUACACUUAUUUGUAUUGUGGAUAAGAUGUAUAUAACACAACAAAAGCCAUUUGUGAAUUUUUGUGUGGUGAUUUACUAUUUAUUUUUGUCUUAUUAUAAUGAAGUGCAGUUAUGCCUAAUGAAGUGUCUUUUGAGCCAUUUAAUUUGUUUAUGCAAGUUUGGCAUUCAUUGAUAUUCAUGAAUCAUUUAUUUAUGAUGUGACCUGUCACCAAAGUUUGAGAACGCGUGAUGGUGAAUACAUCAGGCGUGACUGAAUUCUUUGAGAAUUAAAUACGGAGUCUCUGACUGGGGCGUUUACUGAUAGUCAUCUUGAUUAAUCUUAGUAAGAUAUGGAAGAAAUCAAUCAUUUGACAGUCUUACGGUGUGAUCUGAUUUCACCUGUUAAUAAAAACUGUAUGUAUAUUGAGGAAUUUAAUGUGAAUGUGAAUUAGCAAGAGAAUAUCAUACAAGCCAUAAAUGGUUGAUGUUUGCUUAUUUUUGUAACCAAAUGUUUGUGUUUCUUUUUGCGUGUUGUUUGACACUUUUUGUUAAAUUACCAUGAUAUUGUUUAAUAGUGUAAAUAUGUAUAACCCAUCUACUCUUCUGUUGUUGUCUUAACUGAUGCUUGGCUGAAACUCUGAUAAUCCUGACAAUUUUGGGAUGUCACGGAGUUCCAGUAUUAGCAUUAGCUUUAUAAAAACAUUGUCCUGUUAUUGUAAUCUGAAAUAACACCAAAUAUUUAUCUUGUGAAAAAGAGUAAAGACAUGAAGGAACUGACACUUAAAAUGAGUGUUACAGAACUUGUUUGUGCAGAGGCGUACAUUUGAUUUGCUAAAUUCUGUUGCACUAUUCUUUGCUUAGCAUGUACAAUAAGGAAAUUUCCUAGCAGAAAUGUCAUUUAUUUUAUUUAUUUAUAUUGUAUUCUGCAAAGUGUAAUUAUUACAAUGCAAAAGAAGAGAAAAAGGUUAAACAGAUUAACUAUUUAACUUUAUUUUCUUUAUCCGUGGAAAGAUUUAAAAACGACAUUUCUGUCUGCCAAUACUUGAAAACACAAAGAACAGAAAUUCAAAUUGCAACGCAAAUUUACAUGAUUUUAUUUGCCUUCUGUAUAUAUAUUCGAUUUCUCCUCGUCUUCGAAUAUUACACCUAAUAUUACUCCGAAACAUAUAUUCAGACUGCAUAGCAUGACACUAGUGAGGCCUUUGUGUAAAUACUGUAUAUGACUUUAUCAUAAUUUGAAAGCAUGAAAUAUGUACAGGACUUUGCUCAUCCUGAGAAUGAAGGUAGAAUUGAGCUAGUGAGUGUUUCCUUUCUUCUGUCUGGGUUUUCGGGUUCAAUCAAAUUUCUCUCUUAUCUUUUUCAGUUCAUCUGCUUGCUUUUGCGGAGUCAAAAGCUUCUUUUAAUACUGUGACAGUAUAAUAAAAGUCUGAUCUAGAGCUAACAAGCUUACUUUUAGGAGCAGUUUAUUUUAAAACGAUGUGAGGUCUCAGACUAUGAAAGGUUAUACCUGGUUUUACCUGACUUUGUUUGAGCUGGGUGACAAUUUGUUGUUUGUUGUGUGGCAUGUAAGGUUGUGAAAAGUGCUUGUCACUUUCAACAAGAAAUUAAUGUUGGCGUUCUGAUUUUCACCUGUGUGAAAUAAAUGUGAUGUGAAAUUUAA